AUGGAGGCGACACAAUUUUUAGCAAUACAAACGGAGACAUACAAGUUGGGAUUUAUUGGAGCUGGCAAAAUGGCAGAGAGUAUUGCUAAAGGAGUUGUUCAAUCUGGUGUUUUGCCUCCUCCUCGUAUCUCUACCUCUAUUCACUCUAAUCCUUCUCGUCGUCUCGCUUUCGAAUCUUUUGGUGUCAAAGUUCUCCCUCAGAAUCGCAAUGUUCUUGAAGAGAGUGAUGUGGUCAUUUUCUCCGUCAAACCACAAGUUGUUAAAGAUGUGAUUUUGCAAUUAAGGCCACUGCUCACUAAGGACAAGCUUUUGGUUUCGGUUGCGGCUGGAAUAAAAUUGAAAGAUUUGCAGGAAUGGGCAGGUCAUGGCCGAUUUGUAAGAGUGAUGCCAAAUACUCCUUCCGCUGUUGGUGAGGCAGCGUCAGUUAUGAGCAUGGGUGGAGCUGCAACUGAAGAAGAUGGAGAGCUAAUAACUAAAUUGUUUGGAUCAGUUGGCAAGAUAUGGAGAGCUGAUGAUAAAUUGUUUGAUGCAAUCACUGGCCUAAGUGGAAGUGGCCCAGCUUACAUAUACCUAGCGAUUGAAGCUUUGGCUGAUGGAGGAGUGGCUGCAGGUCUACCACGAGAACUCGCAAUGGGUCUAGCUUCUCAAACUGUUCUAGGGGCAGCAUCUAUGGCCACUAAAACUGGGAAGCAUCCUGGUCAGCUUAAAGAUGAUGUAACAUCACCUGGGGGAACAACUAUUACUGGUAUUCAUGAAUUGGAGAAGGGUGGAUUUCGUGGAACCCUAAUGAAUGCUGUUGUUGCUGCUGCAAAGCGCAGCCGAGAACUUUCGCAGAGCUAA